CACGAGAGGUAAUAACAUCCCGUCGCCAAUGAGCGACGCGCUUCAAUUUUGGCGAUUUCGCGCACCGAACAGCCCAGUUCUGCUCAGCGUGGACGCAACACAUUUGUUGCAAAUUCACUAAGCAAUCUCAAAUCUUUCGUUUGUAUAUUAUUUCAAAUAGAAUGGCAGUUGAGGAGACGACAGAGCCCCGUGAGUUGGUUACUACUGUGUCCCCUGACGCGCAUGAAGCCAUGGACUGGCUUUCCACUUGAGAGGAGGACACAUGGAGAACCCCGCGAAAUACCUCUCAGUGCACGAGAGCCACUCCGUCCCGUUACCUCUUGGGGAGAUUAUGUGGAACUCGACCGAAUCGGAGGCAACAUCCAACGGUGGAAAGGAAUUGGUCAUCCGGACAGUGACGGGCUGUUUGCUCUCCCUGCUCAUCCUGUGGACACUACUGGGAAACAUUAUGGUGUGCUCCGCCGUACUCCGAAUUCGGCACUUGCGAAGUAAAGUGACCAACAUUUUCAUCGUUUCUUUGGCUGUGUCGGAUUUAUUCGUUGCAGUUCUCGUGAUGCCAUGGAAAGCUGUGGCCGAGGUGGCGGGGUAUUGGCCCUUUGGUACUUUUUGUAAUUACUGGGUGGCUUUUGAUAUCAUGUGCUCAACUGCGUCCAUACUCAACCUUUGCAUUAUCAGCGUGGAUAGAUACUGGGCCAUAUCAAGUCCAUUCCGGUACGAGAGAAAAAUGACCCAACGAGUUGCCUUCGUUAUGAUAAGCGUCACGUGGACGUUGUCUGUACUUAUUUCAUUCAUACCAGUCCAACUGAACUGGCACAAAGCCAGCGAAGACGAAACAGUUGGAGUCCAUAACGCCUCCUUGGGUGAAGUAGAAGAAAACUGUGACUCUAGCCUCAACAGAGAAUACGCAAUAUCUUCAUCUUUAAUAAGUUUCUACAUACCCGUAGCAAUUAUGAUUGUGACAUACACGAGAAUAUAUCGGAUUGCUCAGAUCCAAAUCAGGAGGAUAGCUUCCCUAGAGCGCGCGGCGGAGCACGCGACAAGUUGCAGGGCCAACAACAGACUCGAGUGCCAACACCACAAUACCUUGAAAACAUCUAUUAAAAGGGAAACCAAAGUUUUAAAAACGUUAUCGAUCAUUAUGGGCGUCUUUGUGUGUUGUUGGUUACCUUUCUUUAUUUUGAACUGCAUAGUUCCAUUUUGUGAUAAACCACCGACUGACAAAGACGCAGGUCUCCCUUGCGUGAGCGAGACAACUUUUGACGUUUUUGUUUGGUUCGGCUGGACUAACUCAUCCAUGAAUCCUAUUAUUUACGCUUUUAACGCAGAGUUCAGAAAAGCAUUUGCCAGUCUGCUGGGUUGUCGUAAUUUCUGCUCCAGAACACCCGUUGAAACUGUAAACAUUAGCAACGAGCUGGUCUCUUACAAUCAGGACACCCUUGUCCACAAAGAAAUCGUGAAUGCCUACGUCAAUAUGAUCCCCAACGUAGUGGAAUGCAUUGAGCACGAGGACACGUUUGACAGGAUAUCACAGUUAUCUCACAACAAUGAAAAUGCCACCGACUCUGUUUGUGACUUGGAAGACUGUGAGGCAGAUAUUAGCCUCGACAGGAUGACACCAUUCACCCCCAAUGGUUUACAUUGAAUACACCUCGACAGGAUGACACCAUUCACCUCCAAUGGUUUACAUUGAAUACACCUGGACAGGAUGACACCAUUCACCCCCAAUGGUUUACAUUGAAUACACCUCGACAGGAUGACACCAUUCACCUCCAAUGGUUUACAUUGAAUACACCUGGACAGGAUGACACCAUUCACCUCCAAUGGUUUACAUUGAAUACACCUGGACAGGAUGACACCAUUCACCCCCAAUGGUUUACAUUGAAUACACCUCGACAGGAUGACACCAUUCACCCCCAAUGGUUUACAUUGAAUACACCUCGACAGGAUGACACCAUUCACCCCCAAUGGUUUACAUUGAAUACACCUCGACAGGAUGACACCAUUCACCUCCAAUGGUUUACAUUGAAUACACUUGUAACACCUUGUGCGUAAAAUGAUGUAUUGCUUCAAUCAGAUAUUUGAGAUGUUGUGUUGUUGUCCCAUGCUGAAAAGUGACGUAAAUUGGUGUCUUAUUACAUAAGAAAAGUCUAUGUUUAUUAAUUUAUACUAAGGUUAUGGCUUCUAAGUUAUAUGUAUUCGGAGCAGCAGGUGUAAUGCAACCAGUUGCUCUUAUUGACCAAGUGGGUUCUAUUUGCGGUGAGGUACCCAUUAUUGAGUUCAGAUAUUAUACUGCUUAUCAUUAUCACGCUCAAUGACAGCGUGCUGGACUUUUACAGACUAUGGAAAAGGAGCAAAGCCUUACAAGGCAGUGUAACCACGCACGUUCAUCACAUGCAGUUGUUUAAAACGCCUUAUUUAUUCUGGGAAAGAGUGCAAUAUAGUUUUGAAACAAGGGAAAUGUUACAGGAUUGUAAUAUGUUUAAUUUAAAUGAGGCCAAAAUAUUUAAAGUGCUCCUUUCUCUCUCUCUCUCUGUAUCUGUCUCUUUGUCUAUCUAUCCUGCUCUCUAUGUGUCCGUCUCUCUGUCGUACGCAGACAUAACUGCACAGCAAAUUUGCCCACGCACACAUUUGACAAAGCAUUCUCAAUCGAAUUAUGCACAUAGAGCAGGCUUUCUUGACUUUACCCAUAAUAAAUCCACACCGAUUCAAAUCGAAUUAGGAACUGUUGGAAACCUUAACUUGACUGAUUAUGGUGAACACCUGCUAAGUAUGAUAAGCUUAAUUAUUACUUAGUGGAUGUUCUAUUCUCUGUGUGAUAUUCUACCUCUCUAUUUGGUGAUACAAAUGGCCAAGAAGCACAAAUCCAACCGUCUCCAUGCGCCAAAGUAUGGCAUCCAUAUUAGGAAGUCCACCAGACAACAUACAUUAAGUUAAUUGACUUGAUGCAUCUCCCUCAUAGCCAGUUAAUGGUACACUUUUAAGAUCACAUAUGUCUACAAAUUAAUCAACAAUUCAGAUGAUGUGCAAUGAGGUAAUACAGAAACUUGGUGUGAAACUCCACAGUGGGACCAUGGUCAGCUGGAUGUAGCCUACAUUUCACCUCAGCUAAUGUCCAUCUUUUGAUAAUGUACAAAUGGCAAUGAUAUUGAAUGUAUACUGUCAUUCAAACAGUGAAGUGUGUCAUAAUUUUGUAAUAAAAUGCUAUCUAGCAGAGA